GUAGAAUUAGUCAACCAAACCCAACCCUUGGAACAAUCUUAGAAACCCAAAAUUUCUUCUUAGAAUUCUAUAAAUCUUAGCUUCUCUGCCUUGAAACUUCAGACAACACAGGUUGUGCUUCAAAAAAACAACAAAGAAGAUUACUUUGGUUAUUUUGGAGACAAACCCAGAUACAUAUUAGUGCCUAGGCAUCUCCAGAAUCGAAGAAAGCUAUGUCUAGAUCAUAUGUAACUCUGUUGUUUUCUUGCAUUCUCAUCUCUCUCUGUUUUCCCAACUCCUCAGCUCAAACCUGUGGCUCUCAAUCUUUCUCAAGUAACACAGUAUACAGUACAUGUGUAGACCUUACUGUGCUCAACUCCUUCCUCCACUGGAAUUAUAAUCAAACCGCCAGUACAGCCGAAAUCGCCUUCAGGCACACCGGAACUGACGACACAAGAUGGGUUGCGUGGGCUUUAAACCCAAGUAGCCAAAGCAUGGCUGGUUCACAGGCAAUUGUGGCAUUCUAUAAUUCUAGUGGUGUAGUCCAUGCUUAUACUUCUCCAAUAACUGGCACUGGGGGCACAACACUUGAUGAAGGGACUUUGAGUUUUGGGGUUUCUGGGAUUUCAGCUACGCUUGAAAAUGGAGAGAUGACAAUUUUCGCUACUUUGCAGCUCACCGAUUCAUUGUUGUCUACAAACCAGGUUUGGCAAGAAGGUCCAAUGAGUGGAGGUGCUCCUAUUAUACAUUCUACAUCUGGUGAUAAUAUGAGGUCUGUUGGGACUAUUGAUUUUACGACUGGACAAACAAGUGCUGGUGGAGGAAGUAUCACCUCCAGACAAAAGAAAAGAAACAUUCAUGGAGUGCUAAACGCUGUGAGUUGGGGAACUCUGAUGCCAAUGGGAGCCAUAAUUGCUAGGUACUUGAAGGUGUUUAAGUCAGCUGACCCGGCAUGGUUUUACAUACACAUUGCUUGUCAAACUUCUGCUUAUAUUGUUGGCGUUGCUGGUUGGGGAACUGGUAUGAAGCUUGGCAGUGAUUCUGCUGGGACUCAGUAUAAUACUCACAGGAACAUUGGCAUAAUCCUCUUCAGCCUUGGAACCCUUCAGGUGUUUGCUUUGCUUUUGAGGCCAAAUAAGGAUCACAAAUUCAGAUUGUACUGGAACAUCUACCACUACGCCGUUGGUUAUGCUGUCAUCAUUUUGAGCAUCAUUAACAUAUUCGAAGGAUUCAAAGUCUUGGAUGGCCAGAAGAAUUGGAGAACAGCUUAUACAGUUGUGAUCAUAGUUUUGGGUUGCAUUGCUGUUGUGUUGGAAGCAUUUACAUGGUUCAUUGUCCUCAAGAGGAAGAGAGUGGGUUCUGACAAGCAUGGCGCAAAUGGUGCAAAUGGUGUUAAUGGAUAUGGUGCCAGGACAAACCACGCAGAGGUUUAGUUCAUAUGAUUAAGGGUCAUUGAUCUUCCUGUUUUAUAUCUCAUGAAUCUCCACUCUUUUUUUUUUUUUUUCGUUCCCUUUUUGGCAGUUUUAUUUUACACCAUGAGAGUCUAGGGUUUUCUGGAUGAUACAUAUGUUGGUAGAGAUUAGUUACUUUGCUAUGUUAGAAGUUUUUGGUUGUGACCUGUGAGUUGCUCGCUAGAGAAUUAUUCUUGGACAUGGAUAGACUCUGAUAUUUGUUGGUAUAUAUAGAGAUAUUACAUUAUUCCACUUUUCCA